AUGAAAGGUAGAUGUAGAAGAGCGGAGUGGGAGAUGAAAUUUUUUAGAGACACGGUGGAUGUGUGUGGUUUUAGAGAGGUGCCCUGGUCUGGAUAUGAAUUCGCGUAUGACAAUGAGCGGCUUGAAGCUGAUAAUGUUCAAUGCCGACUUGACCGAGCUCUUGCUGAUAAUGACUGGUUAAAUCUUUUCCCGGCCUCUCACUUGUUUAAAAUGGAUAAGGAAUGGUCUUAUCACGCUCUUUUAAAGUUAGUGUUUAAAAAUAGAGAGGGUUAUGUGGGCCUGGGGCCCAAACCGUUCCGAUUCGAACAGAUUUCGGCGGACGACGAAACCUGCGAAAAUGUGAUUGCUAUUUCAUCGGAGUUCGGGGGGUCGACCUUUGAUUCUAAGCUGAGUUUCUGUGCUGGUGAAUUGCGGGAGUGGGGGCAGAAAAAGUUCGGGCAAGCCUUUAGAGAAUUGAAGAAGAAGAGGAAGAUUUUAAGCAUGCUGAAUGGUGGGAGCCUCUCCGCGUCCCAGAUGGAUCAACGUAGGAAGCUUGUUCGAGACAUCGAAAAUAUGGUGCGGGUGGAAGAAGUAUUUUGGAGACAAAGUCGCAGGCCAUUUGGCUUCGGGAAGGAGACAGAAACAUCAAAAUUUUCCAUUAGUGUGCUUCAAGUUAAAAACGCAAAAACACCAUUUCAUGCAUCAAAGAUGACAAUGGGAUUGAAUAUACAGGCAAUAAGGAUGUUGGAGAGUUGCUGUGGAUUAUUUUUGAGGUUUGUUCUCUACUUCCAACCCUACGGUUGUCGAUGUGGCACUACAUGA